AUGCCGCCAAUUGCCCACCUUGAAUAUUAUUCUGAGAAAAUUUAUAACACUUCAAGUGCUGUACUUCUUUGCAGUAUACAAGGACUAGCAGUUAAUAUUGACCCAAUCUUGUAUACAUGGCUCAUCUAUCAGCCUCAGAAACGAACAAGUAGACAUAUGCAACAGCAGCCUGUGGUAGCUAUUCCUCUUGUUAUGCCAGUUUGUAGAAGGAAAGAGGAUGAGGUGUCUAUUGGAAGUGCACCCUUGGCAAAGCAGCAAUCAUAUCAGGCCUCUGAAUAUGCCAGCAGCCCUAUAAAAACAAAAACGGUAACAGAAUCCCGCCCAUUGUCAGUUCCUGUUAAAGCCAUGUUGAAUAUAUCUGAAAGCUGUAGAAGUCCUGAAGAAAGAAUGAAGGAAUUUAUUGGAAUAGUUUGGAAUGCAGUGAAGCAUCUCACACUACAGCUUGAAGUACAAUCUUGUUGUGUGUUUAUUCCAAAUGAUAGCCUGCCUUCCCCAAGUACAAUUAUAUCUGGUGACAUUCCUGGAACAGUGAGAAGUUGGUACCAUGGACAAACCAGUAUGCCGGGAACACUUGUCCUCUGUUUGCCUCAAAUAAAGAUUAUUAGUGCUGGGCACAAGUACAUGGAACCUCUGCAGGAGAUUCCAUUUGUUAUCCCACGACCCAUCCUCGAAGAAGGUGAUGCUUUUCCUUGGACGAUCAGCUUACAUCAUUUCAGCAUAUAUACCCUUCUUGGAAAACAAGUGACACUUUGCCUAGUGGAACCUAUGGGUUGCACCUCCACUCUAGCUGUCACGUCUCAAAAACUACUUGCUACGGGACCUGAUACACGACAUUCAUUUGUUGUCUGUCUCCAUGUUGACCUAGAGUCACUAGAGAUAAAAUGCUCUAAUCCCCAGGUCCAGCUUUUCUAUGAACUAACUGAUACCAUGAAUAAGGUCUGGAAUAAGAUUCAGAAGAGAGGCAAUCUCAACCUAUCUACAACCUCUCCAGAGACCAUGGCAGGGCCUGUUCCUACUUCUCCAGUUAGAAGCAGUAUAGGCACGGCUCCUCCAGAUACCAGCACAUGCAGCCCAUCUGCUGACAUUGGGACUACUACUGAGGGAGAUUCUAUACAAGCAGGUGAGGACUCACCAUUCUCAGAUUCCGUCACCUUGGAACAAACUACAAGUAAUAUUGGCGGAACCAGUGGACGUGUUAGUUUAUGGAUGCAGUGGGUGCUUCCCAAAGUUACUGUAAAGCUCUUUGCUCCAGAUCCUGAAAAUAAAGGCACAGAGGUUUGUAUGGUCUGUGAACUAGAAGAUCUCAGUGCUUCCAUAGAUGUCCAGGAUGUAUAUACCAAAGUGAAAUGUAAAAUAGAGAGUUUCAAUAUUGAUCACUAUAGAAGCAGGCCAGGGGAAGGUUGGCAGUCAGGACAUUUUGAAGGAGUAUUUCUACAAUGCAAAGAAAAAUCUGUGACAACUACAAAACUUCUAGAUGGCACUCAUCAGCAGCAUGGAUUCCUCUCUCUGACAUACACAAAAGCUGUAACAAAAAAUGUCCGUCACAAGUUAACAUCAAGAAAUGAGCGAAGAAGUUUUCAUAAGUUAUCUGAAGGCUUAAUGGAUGGUUCUCCUCAUUUUCUUCAUGAAAUUCUUCUUUCAGCACAAGCUUUUGAUAUUGUUCUUUAUUUUCCUUUACUUAAUGCUAUUGCAAGUAUAUUUCAAGCAAAACUACCAAAGACCCAAAAAGAGAAAACAAAAUCUCCUGGUCAGCCCAUGAGGACCCAUACACUGACAUCCCGCAAUUUACCUUUGAUUUAUAUCAACACAAGUGUAAUCAGAAUUUUUAUUCCAAAAACAGAAGAAAUGCAGCCAACUGUUGAAGUUAAUCAGGCAGCAAAAGAAGACACCGUGGUUUUGAAGAUUGGCUCUGUUGCCAUGGCUCCCCAGGCUGACAAUCCCCUUGGCAGAUCUGUCCUUAGGAAAGAUAUUUACCAGAGAGCCUUGAACUUAGGAAUUCUUCGAGAUCCUGGAUCAGAAAUCGAAGACAGACAAUACCAAAUAGACCUGCAGUCUAUCAAUAUUGGUACUGCACAAUGGGAUCAACUAAAACCAGAGAAGGAAAGUGUCUCAGGAGGGGUGCUAACAGAGACUGAAAGGAAUUCUCAAAAUCCAGCCCUUGAGUGGAAUAUGGCCAGCAGCAUACGGCGGCAUCAAGAAAGGAGAGCAAUUUUGACUCCCAUUUUGACAGAUUUUUCUGUCCGAAUAACUGGAGCACCGGCUAUCAUUUUUACCAAAAUCAUUUCUCCAGAAAAUCUGCAUACUGAGGAGAUUUUAGUGUGUGGCCAUUCCUUAGAAGUGAAUAUAACCACAAACCUGGACUUCUUCCUAAGUGUGGCUCAAGUUCAACUCUUACAUCAGUUAAUAGUAGCAAAUAUGACUGGACUGGAACCAUCAAACAAGGCUGCAGAGACCUCUAAACAAGAACAGAAAAAAGUGGAUACAUUUGAUGGAGGCAUGGCUGAAACCUCAUCUCGGUACAGUGGUGCUCAGGAUAGUGGAAUUGGCAGUGACAGUGUUAAAAUCAGAAUAGUGCAAAUAGAGCAGCACAGUGGUGCCAGCCAGCAUCGCAUUGCCCGUCCCUCACGCCAGUCAUCAAUUGUAAAAAAUCUAAAUUUUAUUCCCUUUGACAUAUUUAUUACUGCAAGUAGAAUCUCACUAAUGACCUAUUCCUGUAUGGCCUUAUCCAAAUCGAAAUCACAAGAACAGAAGGAUAAUGAAAAAACAGACAAGAGUUCAUUAAAUCUCCCAGAAGUUGAUUCAGAUGUUGCUAAGCCCAACCAGGCAUGUAUUUCCACAGUGACAGCAGAAGAUCUCUUAAGGAGCAGCAUUUCUUUUCCUUCAGGGAAAAAAAUAGGGGUCCUCUCUCUUGAAAGUAUUCAUGCAUCCACAAGGUCAUCUGCUAGACAAGCACUUGGUAUAACUAUUGUUCGGCAGCCUGGUCGAAGAGGAACUGGUGACUUACAGCUAGAACCUUUUCUGUACUUUAUUGUGUCCCAGCCUUCCUUGCUUCUGAGUUGUCACCACAGAAAGCAGCGAGUGGAAGUAUCCAUUUUUGAUGCUGUGCUUAAAGGGGUGGCCUCUGAUUACAAAUGUACAGAUCCUGGGAAGACUCUGCCUGAAGCCCUUGAUUAUUGCACUGUUUGGCUACAAACAGUGCCUGGAGAAAUAGACAGCAAAAGUGGUAUUCCACCUUCCUUUAUAACACUACAGAUUAAAGACUUUCUGAAUGGACCAGCGGAUGUCAAUUUGGAUAUAUCAAAGCCUUUGAAAGCAAACCUGAGUUUCACCAAAUUGGAUCAGAUACACCUUUUUUUAAAGAAGAUAAAAAAUGCACACAGUUCGGCACAUAAUGAAGAGACUUCAGCCAUGUCCAACACCAUGGUGAAUAAGGAUGAUCUUCCAGUCUCCAAAUAUUACCGUGGAAAGCUGUCUAAACCCAAAGUUCAUGGUGAUGGAGUGCAAAAGAUUUCAGCUCAAGAAAACAUGUGGAGAGCUGUUUCCUGCUUUCAAAAAAUUUCUGUUCAAACUACUCAGAUUGUGAUCUCCAUGGAAACUGUACCCCAUACCAGUAAACCAUGCCUGUUAGCAUCUCUCUCAAACCUCAAUGGAAGCCUUAGUGUCAAAGCAGCACAAAAAGUACCUGGCGUAAUUCUUGGGUCAUCAUUUCUACUCACUAUAAACGAUUUUCUCCUUAAAACAAGUCUCAAAGAAAGAAGCCGCAUUCUGAUAGGACCAUGUUGUGCUACUGCCAAUCUGGAAGCUAAAUGGUGUAAACACAGCGGCAAUCCAGGCCCUGAGCAAUCCAUACCAAAAAUAUCCAUUGACUUAAGAGGAGGUCUGCUACAGGUCUUCUGGGGUCAAGAACAUUUAAAUUGUUUAGUUCUUCUACAUGAAUUACUCAAUGGAUACCUUAGUGAGGCGGGAAAUUUUGAAAUACAAGUUUCUGAACCAGUACCUCAAAUGUCAUCUCCUGUGGAAAAGAAUCAGACAUUUAAAAGUGAACAAACUUCAGAUGACCUACGGACAGGUCUAUUUCAAUAUGUACAGGAUGCUGAAUAUUUGAAAUUGCCUGGGGUCUAUGAAGUCUUAUUUUAUAAUGAAACUGAAGAUUGCCCAGGGAUGAUGUUAUGGAGAUACCCAGAACCUAGAGUGCUCACCCUUGUACGAAUAACUCCUGUGCCUUUUAACACCACAGAGGAUCCAGAUAUUAGCACAGCAGACCUUGGUGAUGUGCUACAGGUUCCUUGUAGCUUGGAAUACUGGGAUGAACUCCAGAAGGUUUUUGUUGCAUUUAGAGAAUUUAGUCUGUCUGAAAGCAAAGUUUGUGAACUGCAGUUGCCGGAUGUCAAUCUUGUGAAUGACCAGAAGAAAUUAGUAUCUUCAGAUCUUUGGAGAAUUGUCUUGAACAGCAGUCAAAAUGGAGCUGAUGACCAAAGCUCUGCAAGUGAGUCUGGUUCUCAAAGCACUUGUGAUCCACUUGUGACUCCAACAGCCCUGGCUGCCUGUACCAGAGUUGACUCCUGCUUUACCCCAUGGUUUGUCCCAUCCCUUUGCGUUUCCUUCCAGUUUGCUCACCUGGAAUUUCAUCUUUGUCAUCACCUUGACCAACUAGGCACAGCUGCACCACAGUACCUACAGCCAUUUGUUUCUGAUAGAAAUAUGCCAUCUGAACUAGAAUACAUGAUUGUUUCCUUCAGAGAACCACAUAUGUAUCUUCGACAGUGGAAUAAUGGUUCUAUCUGUCAGGAGAUCCAGUUCUCAGCUCAAGCAGACUGUAAACUUCUAGAGUGCAGAAAUGUCACUAUGCAAAGUGUGGUGAAACCCUUCAGCAUCUUCGGGCAGAUGGCAGUUUCCAGCGAUGUAGUAGAAAAGCUGUUUGACUGCACCGUGAUAGUUGAUUCUGUAUUUGUAAACGUUGGACAGCAUGUAGUCCAUUCUCUAAACACUGCAAUACAAGCUUGGCAACAGAACAAAUGCCCUGAGGUAGAGGAGUUGGUCUUCAGCCAUUUUGUGAUCUGUAAUGACACACAGGAGACACUGCGGUUUGGCCAGGUGGAUACUGAUGAAAAUAUUCUGCUGGCGAGUCUCCACAGUCACCAGUACAGCUGGCGCUCUCACAAAUCCCCACAGCUGUUACACAUCUGUAUUGAAGGUUGGGGCAACUGGCGUUGGUCAGAGCCUUUCAGUGUGGACCAUGCCGGGACUUUUAUUAGAACAAUUCAGUACAGGGGUCGAACUGCUUCUCUCAUCAUCAAGGUUCAGCGACUCAAUGGAGUACAAAAACAGAUUAUCAUCUGUGGAAGACAGAUCAUCUGUAGUUACUUGUCUCAAAGCAUAGAACUAAAAGUCGUUCAGCAUUACAUUGGUCAAGAUGGACAAGCUGUAGUUCGGGAACAUUUUGACUGCCUCACAGCCAAACAGAAACUGCCUUCAUAUAUACUAGAAAACAAUGAACUGACAGAGCUGUGUGUGAAGGCCAAAGGAGAUGAAGACUGGUCAAGAGAUGUGCGCCUGGAAUCCAAAGCCCCUGAAUACAGCAUUGUCAUUCAGGUGCCAUCUUCAAACAGUUCCAUUAUUUAUGUCUGGUGCACAGUUUUGACUUUAGAACCCAACUCUCAAGUGCAACAACGAAUGAUUGUGUUCAGCCCUCUUUUUAUCAUGAAGAGUCAUCUUCCAGACCCCAUUAUCAUACAUUUGGAGAAAAGGAGUCUGGGAUUGAGUGAAACACAAAUUAUUCCAGGAAAAGGGCAGGAAAAACCACUGCAAAACAUAGAACCUGACCUUGUGCAUCACCUGACAUUCCAAGCAAGAGAAGAAUAUGAUCCUUCAGAUUGUGCAGUUCCCAUCUCAACAUCCCUCAUUAAGCAAAUAGCCACUAAGGUACACCCUAGAGGCACAGUUAAUCAGAUCCUUGACGAAUUCUAUGGGCCAGAAAAGUCACUUCAACCCAUAUGGCCCUAUAAUAAGAAGGAUUCUGACAGGAAUGAACAGCUAAGUCAGUGGGAUAGCCCAAUGCGCGUGAAGCUGUCAAUCUGGAAGCCAUAUGUUAGAACUUUGUUGAUAGAACUUCUGCCCUGGGCCCUGCUUAUCAAUGAGUCCAAGUGGGACCUCUGGCUAUUUGAAGGAGAGAACAUUGUUCUACAGGUUCCUGCUGGCAAAAUUAUUAUUCCUCCUAAUUUUCAGGAAGCUUUUCAAAUUGGAAUAUACUGGGCAAAUACAAACACUGUGCACAAGUCAGUAGCAAUUAAACUGGUCCAUAACCUGACAUCUCCAAAGUGGAAAGAUGGAGGUAAUGGCGAAGUUGUGACAUUGGAUGAAGAAGCAUUUGUUGAUACUGAAGUAAGACUUGGUGCUUUUCCAGGACAUCAGAAGUUAUGUCAGUUCUGCAUUUCCUCCACGGUACAGCAAGGUAUACAAAUUAUUCAGAUUGAAGACAAGACUACAAUAAUCAACAAUACACCAUAUCAAAUAUUUUAUAAACCACAGCUAUCUGUCUCCAGUCCCCUUUCUGGAAAGGAGUAUUUUCAUGUUCCAGACAGUGCUACUUUUAGCAUUUGCCCAGGUGGAGAGCAGCCUGCUAUGAAAUCCAGCUCCCUUCCUUGCUGGGACUUGAUGCCUGCCAUUAGUCAGUCAGUGCUGGAUGCAUCCCUGCUUCAGAAACAGAUCAUGCUGGGCUUUUCUCCUGCCCCAGGUGCUGACAGCUCACAGUGCUGGAGUCUGCCAGCUAUAGUUAGACCAGAGUUUCCCAGACAGAGUGUGGCAGUACCCCUUGGGAAUUUCCAGGAAAAUGGAUUCUGUACCAGGGCUAUAGUGCUGACAUAUCAAGAACACCUUGGAGUGACUUACUUAACCCUCUCAGAAGACCCUAGUCCUCGAGUAAUUAUCCACAACAGAUGUCCAGUAACAGUGCUUAUAAAGGAAAACAUUAAAGAUAUUCCAAAGUUUGAGGUUUAUUGCAAAAAAAUUCCCUCCGAGUGCUCAAUUCAUCAUGAGCUGUAUCAUCAGAUUUCCAGUUAUCCGGACUGCAAGACCAAAGACUUACUUCCGAGCCUCCUUUUGAGAGUUGAACUGCUAGAUGAAGUAACAACUGAGUGGAGUGAUGCCAUCGACAUCAACAGUCAGGGAACACAGGUUGUGUUCCUGACUGGCUUUGGCUAUGUGUAUGUGGACACUGUACAUCAGUGUGGCACAGUCUUCAUCACUGUGGCCCCAGAAGGAAAAGCAGGACCUAUUUUAACCAACAGCAAUAGAGCCCAGGAGAAGAUUGUUACAUUCAAAAUGUUUAUCACUCAGUUGAGUCUGGCAGUGUUUGAUGACCUCACCCACCACAAAGCAUCACCUGAACUUCUGAGACUCACACUGGACAAUGUUUUUCUCUGCAUGGCCCCAGGAGCUGGUCCCCUCCCUAGGGAAGAGCCUGCGGCUGCGCUGUUUGAACUUUACUGUGUGGAGAUCUGCUGUGGGGACCUGCAGCUAGACAACCAGCUUUAUAACAAAUCCAAUUUCCACUUUGCUGUCUUAGUCUGCCAGGGAGAAAAAGCAGAACCCAUUCAGUGUUCUAAAAUGCAGAGUCUCCUCAUAUCUAACAAAGAGCUGGAAGAAUACAAGGAAAACUGUUUUAUCAAACUUUGCAUCACCUUAAAUGAAGGCAAGAGCAUCCUCUGUGAUAUUAACGAGUUCAGCUUUGAAUUAAAACCUGCUCGGUUGUAUGUGGAAGACACAUUUGUAUACUACAUCAAGACUUUGUUUGACACUUACCUUCCUAACAGCAGGUUGGCUGGUCACUCCACGCACCUCUCGGGGGGUAAACAGAUGUUGCCCAUGCAGGUCACACAGCACGCUAGGGCCUUGGUGAAUCCUGUGAAGUUACGGAAACUGGUGAUCCAGCCAGUGAAUUUGCUCGUCAGCAUCCACGCUUCCCUCAAGCUGUACAUAGCCUCAGACCACACUCCUCUCUCCUUCUCGGUGUUUGAAAGAGGACCCAUCUUCACCACUGCAAGGCAGCUUGUGCACGCCCUGGCAAUGCACUAUGCCGCGGGGGCCCUUUUCAGAGCAGGCUGGGUAGUUGGGUCUCUGGAGAUUAUUGGCAGCCCUGCAAGCCUGGUGAGAAGCAUCGGGAACGGGGUCGCCGACUUCUUCAGGCUUCCGUACGAGGGGCUGACCCGGGGCCCCGGAGCCUUCGUGAGUGGCGUCUCCAGAGGGACUACAUCAUUUGUAAAGCACAUCUCCAAAGGUACCCUCACAUCCAUCACCAACCUGGCCACAAGCCUGGCCCGGAACAUGGACCGGCUCUCACUGGAUGAGGAGCACUACAACCGGCAGGAGGAGUGGCGGCGGCAGCUCCCCGAGAGCCUGGGCGAGGGGCUUCGACAGGGCCUGUCCCGGCUGGGCAUCAGCCUGCUUGGUGCAAUUGCUGGUAUAGUUGAUCAGCCGAUGCAGAACUUCCAGAAAACAUCUGAGGCACAUGCUUCAGCAGGACACAAGGCCAAGGGUGUCAUCUCAGGUGUGGGGAAAGGAAUCAUGGGGGUGUUCACAAAGCCCAUCGGAGGAGCUGCUGAGCUGGUGUCACAGACUGGUUACGGUAUUUUACAUGGAGCUGGACUUUCUCAGCUUCCCAAACAGCGCUAUCAGCCAAGUGAUCUACAUGCUGACCAGGCUCCAAACAGCCAUGUCAAAUAUGUCUGGAAAAUGCUUCAGUCUCUGGGCAGACCAGAAGUCCACAUGGCCCUGGACGUGGUUUUGGUGAGGGGCUCAGGCCAGGAGCAUGAAGGGUGCUUGCUGCUGACAUCAGAAGUGCUCUUCGUGGUGAGUGUCAGCGAGGACACACAGCAGCAGGCUUUCCCCGUCACAGAAAUCGACUGUGCACAGGACAGCAAGCAGAACAGCCUACUCACAGUGCAGCUGAAGCAGCCAAGAGUGGCCUGUGAUGUGGAGGUAGAUGGAGUCCGAGAGAGACUGUCAGAGCAACAGUACAACAGACUUGUGGACUACAUCACAAAGACAUCUUGUCACCUGGCCCCUAGCUGUUCUUCCAUGCAAAUACCAUGCCCUGUGGUGGCUGCAGAACCUCCCCCCUCCACUGUUAAAACAUACUAUUACUUGGUUGAUCCACAUUUUGCUCAGGUCUUCCUUAGUAAAUUUACCAUGGUGAAAAAUAAAGCCCUGAGGAAAGGGUUUCCUUGAGUCCCCUCUGAGGUAUUGAUUCGUACUUGUGUGAUUUAGUUUUUGGGUUUCUUUGAGACAGGGUCUCACUACAUUGCCCAUGCUGACAUCAAAUUCUGUGGUUCAAGCAAUCCUCCCACCUCAACCCACAAGUAGCUAGGACUGCAGACACAUGCCACCAUACAGGGCUGCAUUUUUUUUAAAAAGCCUAGGCAGCUCUAACAUCUGAUAUGGACACAAGGCCAACAGUUUCCUUAUUUAGAUCCUUACCUCUAAAAGAUACUUCAAAGUGACAAAAUCGUGUUCCUUUCCCACUUACAGACAAUGAUUAGCAGGUCCCUUACCACAUACAGAGGAUGCAUUUCUUUUUGCUCUAUGACACUUGCAAAAAUUUCUACUGUAAUUUGGAUCUAUUAACUCUCUGUUCCAUCACAGAAUGUGGCCAGGCCUUACAAUGGAGAGCCAGAGUUAGUUAAAACUUAAAAGUUGCAUCUGUUUUUGGGCUGAGUCACCACGUUUGCCUCAUGCUCUUUCUUUGGUCUGGAAAGGCCUAGGAUUCUUUAAAUGAAAUGCUUAGGACUUUGUGGCUUAUUACAUUUGUCACUUAACUGCAAUGCUGUUCUUUGAUUGAAAGCUGCUAUGUGUAUUUUCUCUGAAGUCUGCAUUUUACUAAAAUUUACAAAACAGUCUGAUUACUGUCCAGGUACAUUUUAGAAAAAAUGUUUUUCCAGUUUGUGUUUUACUAAGCAAACUUUGAGUAAAUCCUUUGUCCUAUAUUGAAUCCAGUCCCAAAGUGCUCAGGUGACUUUCUCUAGUUCCAUAAACAAAACAUACAUAGUGGGAACUCCCUGGUAUGCCGUAGAGCACACAACCCCAAUAUUAAUGCUAAUAAUUAUACCAGUCCAUUUCGUUUAUUCUGUGGAAUUGACUCGAUAAAGCAUGAAGAUAUUCCCAGUGUCUGAUAAUAUUUUGCACCUAAGAAUGGGUUUGACUCAAGAUCUUGGGUUACCAAGAUGUCUUCAAUGUUCAGUAAAUUAUCUUACUUACAGUCCAGUAACUUAGAACAUGUUUGCUGAUUACAUUUAAAUUUGGGGCUACAGCUUGUUACCUACAACUUUGAGAUGCUAAGAUAAUGCAAUUUUAAAUGCCCACGGGUUUUACUUGUUUUGGAGACAGACAGGGUCUCAUUCUGUCACCCAGACUAGAGUACAGUGGAACAGUCAUGGCUCACUGCAGCUUAAGCUCACUGCCUGGGCUCAAGGGAUCUCACUCCAGCCUCCCAAGCGGCUGAGACUGCACCACCACAGGUAUACAUCACCAUACCUGGCUGAUUUUUUAAAUUUUUUCUAGAGAUAAGGUCUCGCUAUGUUGCCUAGGCUGGUCUCAUACUCCUGAGUUGAAGCAUUCCUCCCACCUCCGCCUCCCAAACUGUUGGGAUUACAGGUGUGAGCCACCAUGCCCAACAUCCACUGAUCUUCAACUCUCACAUGUUGGGCAUAAGAAGUCACUAUGUAAUUGUUACUGGAAAGCAAGAUUUAAUGAACAAUUCUGACUAUGAAAAAUGGCUCUGUUUGUUCUGUAAAUACUCAUUUAGAAAAGUGACAGUUGUGAACCUCAAAAGUAUUUCUAAAAAUGUAAAUAUGUAUUAAUCCUUGUAUCUUUUAUGGUAAUUUUGCAUAUUGAUAUGAAUUAUAUAAAACUGUUUAAAAGGUAUCCUUGAAUUACUGACCACCCAUACAUGUCUAUUGUUACCAGGUUUUACAAUGCAAAUUUUCUCUAAUACCUGGGUUUAAUACAGCUCACAUCACUGAAUUUUACAAGAGUUUAAAUGGGUUAAUAUACAGGUUUUGUUAUAAUAAAGUUACUGAUUAAAUUA